AUGUCCAUUAACUCGACUUGUGAAGUCCUUCGGCCCUCGAGCUUGUUGCUCGAGCUUUUGCCCCUUGACUUUGCAAGUGAAGUCCUUGGGCCCUCGAGCUUGUUGGUCGAGGUUCUGCCCCUUGACUUUGCUGGUGAAGUCCAUGGACCCUCGAGCCCGUUGCUCGAAGUUCUGCUCAUUGACUUUGCUAUCCUUGGGUCCUCAAGCUCGUUGCUCGAAAUUCUGCCAUGUCAUUUUGCUGGUGAAGUCCUCGGGCCCUCGAGCUCGUUGCACGAGGUUCUUUCUAUUGACUUUGCUAGUGAAGUCCUUAGGCUCUCGAGUUCGUUACUCGAUGUUCUGCCCAUUGACUUUGUUGGCGAAGUCCUUGGACCCUUGAGCUCAUUGCUCGAGUCUCUGCACCUUGGCAUCUUCGAUGCCCUAGGGCCCUCGAGCUUGUUGCUCGAGCAACUAGUGUCCAAAGUUUGGACUAGAACUGACCACCGUGACACCCGCUGGCGACCGACGACCGUCGCCACAGCCAUUAACACUCAUCCUCCGCCUACCGCCGCCUACCGCAACAGCCCCUCCGAUUACGUCAGAACCUUCGCCACAGUUAGCUUCCGCCACCAUCCCCCACCAACCGCGCCACCGCCACCACACACCGACGGCAGUUCACAACAGAAUUCGCCAUUUCCGACCUCCGCCGUCUCCCACAAUAUUUUCUCCGUCGUCAUUGUAUGUCCCAAGGUUGACCACAACUUCUCGCUCGAAGGCAAAAUCUCCCGUAUGGCCGUAUGGAAUCGAUAUUAUAUCGAGCCUCGAGCACCCGUCAUGGAUCUGGCGAGUGGUUCCUCGGAGAUAUCCUGA